AUGUUUUGUGGAAAUUAUGUUCAGGGAACAAUAUUCCCCAAUCCAAACUUUGAUCCUAUGAUGGAUGUCCAGCUGCUUGGGGGAGCUCUUCAAGGUUUUGGAUGUGACAAGGACGUCUUGAUUGAUAUUCUAACUCAGCGCUGCAAUGCACAAAGGAUUAUGAUUGCUCAGGCCUAUGGGAACUUAUAUGGAAGGGAUUUGCUUGGGGACUUAAAAGAAAAUCUUGACGGUCAUUUCAAAGAAGUUAUGGUUGGCUUGAUGUAUCCUCCACCAUUGUAUGAUGCCCAUGAACUUUGGCAUGCUAUGAAGGGUGUUGGCACAGAUGAAAAUUGUCUCAUUGAUAUUUUAGCUUCAAGAACACCUGGAGACAUAUUUCAAAUGAAAGAAGCAUUUCAAAUGGAAUAUGGCAACAACCUUGAUCAAGACAUUUAUUCUGAGACCUCAGGACAUUUCCGAGAUGCAUUAAUGAAUUUGGUUCAGGGAACUCGAGAGGAGGGAUAUGCUGAUCCUGGCAUGGCAGCCCAGGAUGCAAUGGUCCUUUGGGAAGCAUGCCAAAGAAGAACGGGAGAGCAUAAAAACAUGAUGCAAAUGAUCCUAUGUAACAAAAACUAUCAGCAACUCUGGAUGGUGUUUCAGGAAUUUCAGAAUGUUUCUGGACAAGACAUAGCUACAGCCAUUAGUGAAUGUUAUGAUGGAUACUUCCAACAACUUCUUCUGGCAAUAGUUUCGUGUGUUCGAGACAAGUCAUCGUAUUUUGCAUAUAGACUACACAGCGCAAUCCAUGAUUUUGGAUUCCAUAACAAAACAGUUAUAAGGAUACUUAUCUCAAGAAGUGAAAUAGACCUGAUGAGUAUAAGGCAGAGAUACAAAGAGAGAUAUGGAAAAUCUCUCUUCCAUGACAUUAAGCAUUUUGCAUCAGGACAUUAUGAAAAAGCAUUGCUUGCUAUCUGUGGUGGUGACACUCAAGAAUUCUAA